ACCAGUAUAUAAGGCGUCGGCGGCACCACACAAGCAGUCAACAUCUCGCUUAUCGACUCCCAAACAUCAUGAAUCUGUUUUUGAUCACCGUAAGUUCGGCCCUCUUGGUGGGCUGCAGUGCUGGUGGUCUCUACGGAGGUGGAGGUGGACACAUCGGAGGUGGACACAUCGGCGGUGGACACAUCGGAGGUGGACACAUCGGAGGUGGACACAUCGGCGGUGGACACAUCGGCGGUGGACACAUCGGCGGCGGACACAUCGGUGGUGGUUAUCGCAAGGGUCACGGAGCAGUCAUCAUCCCAGCCAUCGGUGGCCUCGUAAGCUCCAAGACUACCUACGGCUUUGGAGGCGGCAAAGGAAUCGGUGGAGGAAUUGGAGGUGGCCAUGGCAUCGGAGGCGGCUUUGGUGGCGGCAUUGGAGGUGGCUUUGGAGGCGGCAUUGGAGGCGGCUUUGGAGGCGGAUUUGGAGGUGGAAAAGGCAUCGGAGGAGGCAUUGGUGGUCAUGGUGGCGGACUGUAUGGUCGCAGGUAUGGCUAAGGAAAAAAAAUGUUUGGAAAUGAAAUGGUACUAAGCUCUCUGAAUAAAAAAUUGCCUGUAGUAAUUUUCAAAAUUGAAUAAUUUCCAAUAAAAUUAUGGCUAUUUCACA